AUAAAAACCUCUGCGUGUUUCUGCUGAAGAAUCAACAGCUCCUGGAAAAACGACUCCAGCACUUUGAGCUGCGCUGAAUUUACUGGGGAAAGCGGUGCAAGUGCUCAUUUAAGCAGGAGGAGGAGGAGAAAGGUGGGCGAGGAUGAAGAGCAGCGCGGAGAAGAGAGAGGACAGUAGUACCCUCAUUGCCAUGGAAACGACCUCUCAGAUGAACUACGGCAGUAUCACCAAGAAAGCAGCGACUCGGGACAGGAACGUGUUCAGUGAUGGAAAGACUCGAAUUGAUUUUGUCCUGGUGUGGGAGGAGCUUCGGGGUGUUAAUGAGAAUGGCACCACCCAGAGGAAGUGGAGGGAACAGUUUCUGAGGAGACUGAAACAAGUAGGCCUGCUGCAGGAGCAGAGGGUGGUCUCCCAGGUCAAGAAGAGGAUCCACUUCAUCCUCCUCAGCGCCCCCUGGCAUCUCCUCUGCUACUACGCCGAGGAGAUCAGUCUCAGAGCGCCCCUCCAGGUGGUCAACAUUCCACUCACUAACUGGUCUGAAAGCUUCCUGUCCAAGCUGUCCCUGCCCAGUCCUCUGUCCCAGAACGUCCCCAACCCACCGCUGGAAUACUACACCUGUCAGUUCAGGAACAACAAGCUGGAGAGGUUCCUGGGAAGUGACAACAAAGAGACGUUCUUUAAGACCACCCAGAGGCACAUAGUGCUGUAUGAGAUCCUGGCCAGAACUCCGUACGGUUGUGUGAACCGGGGCGAGGUGGGCAUCGACCGGCUGAUCAGUGAGGAAGUCUUCACAGCAGCGUACCCACUGCAUGAGGGGAACUACAAGAUGCCGGACAACCCAGUGUCCCUCCAGUCUUUAGGACUGAGGCAGAUCCUGCAUGGGUACUGGUCCAAGUGGUCCUGCUGGAGACGCUACCAACCUCUGGACCACAUAAGGGAGUACUUUGGGGAGAAGAUAGCUCUCUACUUUGCAUGGAUCGGUUUCUACACUGCCUGGCUGCUGCCUGCAUCUCUGGUUGGGACUCUGAUCUUCCUGUUGGGUUUUGUGCUUGUGUCCUCCGACGUCCCAGCGAAGGAGGUGUGUGAGAGCGAAGACACUUUCAUCAUGUGUCCUCUCUGCAACAUCUGCUCCACCUGGAACUAUUCCAGCAUCUGCUUCACCUACAAGGCGGGUCUCCUGUUUGACAACGGGGGGACAGUGUUUCUCAGCAUCUUCAUGUCUUUGUGGGCCGUCACCUUCCUGGAGUACUGGAAGAGAACUUGUUCGUAUCUUUCCCACCGCUGGGACUGCACUGACUUGGAGGACAUUGAGGAGCGUCCGCGUCCAGAGUUCUCGGCCAUGGCGCCGAUGACCAUGAGGAACCCGGUCACCGGGGCUGAGGAACCUUACUUUCCUGAGAAUAAACGCUUGAACAGAACUGCCACUGGAUGCAUGGUCAUCGUCAUCAUGAUUUGUGUGGUCCCGAUGUUCCUCAUUGCCAUUAUUUUGUACCGUACCAUCCUCAGAGUCGUCCUCUACAAGUCAACUACUACUGACAGCGCCUCUGCUGGGACGAUAGCCAGCAUUUCAGCAUCAGUGCUGAACCUGAUCAUUAUCCUUACUUUGUCCAGAAUUUACACCUCUCUGGCCGGCAUCCUCACACGCUGGGAAAUGCAUCGCACUCAAACCAAAUAUGAAGACAUGUUCAUCCUCAAAGUCUUCAUAUUCCAGUUUGUGAACUUCUACUCAACUCCAGUCUACAUCGCCUUCUUCAAAGGCAGGUUCGUCGGUUACCCGGGAAUGUACAACACUCUGUUUGGCAUUCGCAAUGAAGCUUGUGGAGCCGGCGGGUGUCUUAUUGACCUGGCUCAGGAGCUGCUAGUCAUCAUGGUGGGAAAACAGAUCAUCAACAACAUCGAGGAGUUCAUCUCCCCGAAGGUUAAGGCGUGGUGGCAGAGAAACAAAAUGCGAACUCCACAGAUGGCAGGGACUCAGACGAUGAUGGACGUUUCUCCCUGGGAGGCAGAUUACGAGCUGCUGGUCUGUGAGGGACUCUUCGGUGAAUAUCUGGAGAUGGUGCUUCAGUUUGGUUUCAUCACCAUCUUUGUGGCAGCGUGUCCUCUCGCUCCUCUCUUCGCUCUCAUGAACAACUGGGUGGAAAUCCGUUUGGACGCUCAGAAGUACGUGAAGGAAUUUCGCCGCCCAGUGGUGGAGCGAGCUCAGGACAUCGGCAUCUGGUUUCACAUCCUGCAGUUCAUCUCACACAUGGCCGUCAUCAGCAACGCUUUUCUCAUUGCCUUCACCUCGUCCUUUGUGCCUCGGCUGUACUACCGUUACACCAGGGAUAGCACCCUGCGCGGCUUCGUUAACUUCACCCUGGCAACAGCCCCACAGAGCUACAUGCAGCAGCACCACAACAUCUCUUGCAGGUAUCGAGGUAUGAGGGACGAGAAAGGUGAAUACCUGCCGGAGUUCUACGAACUCCUCGUUAUACGACUUAGCUUUGUCAUCAUCUUUGAGCAUGUGGUCUUUUUCAUCCACCGACUAAUCGACUUGAUAGUUCCUGACAUCCCUGAAGACGUGGAGCUUAAGAUGAAGAGGGAGCACUACAUGGCUAAACAGGCGCUGGCUGAGAAUAAGGCUUUGGGGAAAACCUCUAUUCCAAAUGAUAAGGAAAUCAUGUCAGGUGACAUGUAUCGUCGUGGAUCCAGAGCCGUAAUUCUAUUGAAUGACCGCCGACCACCAAAUCUGAAGAAGGUCCCAAAAAAUUAGACCUGAAGCCCGACUGCAUCAGAACUGAAGGCUAUGAGACCGGUUCAAGUGGAGGUUUUAAAAUCUCCAGAUUGAGGUUUUCUUCAUGGAUCUUCUGGAUGUUUACUGGAUUAAAUAAAAUAAUCCAGCUUUCCAACUUGUCAUAGCACAGUGUGCCGGUGGAGAAGUUGUAUCUUCUACCUUUACCUUCUGAAACCGGAAUCAAAGACCUGUGAGAUUUCUGAGUAACUCUCCUCAGAACCUUGAACUUCCUCAAACAGAGACUUGAAGUAGAAUCACUGAAAAUGAAAAUGAUCCAAGUCGCUGCUGUUAGAGAGAACUAAUGCCUGUUCCUUAACUAGCUUUCGUUGAGUAAUUAAGCAAAUGUUUGUGAUAUUUUAUAAUAUUUUGAAAAUAAUUUUGGAGAUGCUUCUGUUAUUGCAUUAAAGUACUGAUAUUGA